UCAUUUUGAUCACAAUCACUAUCCUCUAUUACACCUCUCUUUGUUUCUUGUCUAGUAAAUCAUUGUGUAAAAGACUCAUAUCAUGGGUGGGAAGAUCAAGAUUGGCAUCAAUGGAUUUGGAAGGAUUGGCCGUUUGGUGGCCAGGGUGGCAUUAGAGAGAGAUGACGUGGAGCUUGUUGCUGUUAAUGAUCCUUUCAUUACAACUGAUUACAUGACUUACAUGUUCAAGUAUGACACUGUUCAUGGGAUUUGGAAAAACCAUGAAAUUACGGUUAAGGACAGCAAAACUCUUCUUUUUGGUGCCAGUCAAGUCAGUGUUUUUGGUGCUAGGAAUCCUGAAGAAAUUCCAUGGGGUGAAGUUGGAGCUGAAUAUGUUGUUGAGUCAACUGGAGUUUUCACUGAUAAAGACAAGGCUGCUGCCCAUUUGAAGGGUGGUGCAAAAAAAGUAAUUAUUUCUGCCCCUAGCAAGGAUGCACCAAUGUAUGUAGUUGGUGUGAAUGAGAAAGAGUAUAAGUCAGAUAUUCAUAUUGUUUCUAAUGCUAGCUGCACAACCAAUUGUCUUGCACCACUUGCUAAGGUUAUUCAUGACAAAUUUGGUAUUGUUGAAGGUCUCAUGAGCACUAUUCACUCUAUUACUGCCACUCAAAAAACUGUGGAUGGACCAUCAAUGAAGGAUUGGAGAGGUGGUAGAGCUGCUUCUUGUAACAUCAUUCCUAGUAGUACUGGUGCUGCUAAGGCUGUUGGUAAGGUAUUGCCAUCCCUUAACAAUAAGUUAACAGGAAUGUCAUUCAGAGUUCCAACUGUAGAUGUUUCAGUUGUUGACCUAACUGUUAGACUUGAGAAAGGAGCUAGUUAUGAUGAAAUUAAAGCUGCUGUGAAGGAAGCAUCCGAGGGAGAUUUGAAAGGGAUUCUUGGUUACACAGAGGAUGAUGUUGUGUCUACUGAUUUUGUUGGUGAUAGCAGGUCAAGCAUAUUUGAUGCCAAGGCUGGAAUUUCUUUGAGUGACAAUUUUGUGAAACUUGUCUCUUGGUAUGACAAUGAAUGGGGCUAUAGCUCACGUGUGGUUGACUUGAUCCGACACAUGGCCUCAGUUAAUUGAGCUUCAAGGAAUAACACUUCUAUCUUCAAGAUCAAGCAUGCAUUUACUUAAGUAGUUUUUUGGAAUAAUUUUUCCUCUACUAAAUGAAGAUAAUAUCGGUCCACACAACAUAAUACUCUCUUGUCUUCAAGCUUCAAUAUUUUGGUUUAUGUAUUAUUUUAAACAAAUAUUUGGAAUAAAGUUUACUUCAUGGAUCA